CGUCUACUCCAGACUGUAUGGUAUGUGGGCUGGCCCCAGAAGCCCCAUGUGGUCCGACAUCAUUGCCAUGGCGGAAUCCCCCUCCGGAGCCUCGGGCCACUGACGCCAGCCCUCGCGCGCCCUGAGCCCGCACGGACCUCGCCUGCCUCGCCUCGCCUUUGCCUGCCCCCCAAACGCCCUUCCUGCGCUCCCCAUUCUUUCCAACGCAAGGAGGUCUGCCCAGGAAAAUUCUCCAUGAAUGUACGUCACAAUGAUGAUGACCGACCAAAUCCCACUGGAGUUGCCAUCAUUGCUGAAUGGGGAGGUAGCCAUGAUGCCUCACUUAGUCAAUGGAGACGGGACGCAGCAGGUUAUUUUUGUUCAAGUCAAUCCAGGUGAAACUUUUACAAUAAGGGCUGAAGAUGGAACUCUUCAGUGCAUUCAAGGACCUGCAGAGGUUCCCAUGAUGUCACCCAAUGGAUCUAUUCCUCCUAUACAUGUGCCUCCAGGUUAUAUAUCACAGGCCAUGCUGAGUGAAAUCAUAUAUGGAAUGUCCAGUUACAUAACUAGGGAAGAUCAGUACAAUAAACCACAGCACAAGAAAAUCAAAGAGAGACAGAUUGAUCGCCAAAACCGUUUGAACAGCCCUCCUUCAUCCAUCUACAAGGGCCAUCUGGGAAACUGUGCAACAGUGUACAAUGGCACCAUCAAGACUCAUAAUGGAGCAGCAAAUGGGGGAGGCGGCGGUGGAGGAGGAGGAGUUGGAGGAGGUGGCGUGCCAGCUGUGAAAAAAACAGAACGCAGAGCAAGAAGCAGCCCCAGAUCAAAUGAGCAGGAUGUGCAUGAAUGUGACACAGAAACAAAAAGGGUUCAAGAUGUUCUUUCUGGAAUUGAGAAACCACAGGUUUCAAAUAUUCAAGCAAGAACGGUUUUGCUCACCUGGUCACCUCCAAAUGGCCUUUUAAGUGGAGAUAGACACAGCAAUGGUUUGCCUUAUGCCUGUACUUACGAAGUUGCCUUAUCAGAAAAAGGGAAGGAUGGAAAGUACAAAAUGAUUUACAGUGGAGAAGAAUUGGAAUAUAAACUGAAAGACCUUAGGCCAGCAACAGAAUAUCAUGUCAGGGUAUAUGCAGUGUACAAUUCAGUAAAGGGAUCUUGUUCAGAACCUGUUAGCUUCACCACUCACAGCUGUGCUCCGGAUUGCCCAUUCCCACCCAAACCUUCACACAGGACCAAAAAUUCCUUGACUUUGCAGUGGAAGGCCCCAGCUGACAAUGGUUCAAAAAUCACCAGCUACCGUUUAGAGUGGGAUGAGGGAAAAAGAAGCAAUAUUUUCAGAGAAUGUUAUGAUGGAAGCCAGAAACAUUACAAGGUGAUGAAGCUCUGUCCAGCUGUGGGUUACACGUUUCGAUUAGCAGCUCGGAAUGACAUGGGCAUUAGUGGCUUUAGCCAAGAAGUGGUAUGUUACACAUCAGGGAAUAUUCCUCAGAUGCCUUCUGCUCCAAGACUUGUCCGAGCAGGAGUCACAUGGAUCACCCUACAGUGGAAUAAAGCAGAGGGCUGCACGCCAGAAGAAGUGACUACAUACACUUUGGAGAUUCAGGAGGAUGACAAUGAUAGUGUGUUUCAUCCAAAGUACACUGGAGAAGACCAAACCUGUACUGUGAAAAAUCUUAAAAGAAGCACACAAUAUAAAUUUAGGCUAAUUGCCUCCAACGUAGAAGGGAAGAGUAGUCCUAGUGAUGUUUUGGUCUGUACCACAAGCCCUGACAGGCCAGGGCCUCCCAACAGGCUUGUUAUUAAAGGGCCAAUAACAUCUCAUGGCUUCAGUGUGAAAUGGGAGCCUCCUGAGGAUAAUGGUGGUUCAGAAAUCCUAAGUUAUCUGUUAGAAGUUUCAGAAGGAAGCUCUGAAGCAAAUCAAUGGGCAGUGGCAUACAGAGGAACCGCUACAGAAUGUGCGUGUACUUACUUGAAACCAGGCACUUUGUAUAAGCUCCGGGCAUGCUGUAUUAGCACUGGUGGACACAGUCAGUGUUCUGAAAGUUUACUUGUUCGUACACUAAGCAUUGCACCAGGCCAGUGCCAACCACCCAGAGUGCUCGGGAAACCAAAGCAUAAAGAAGUGCAGCUGCAAUGGGAUGCUCCCCCUGUUUCAGAAAAUAGUCAUCAUAUCUCUGCAUAUAGUGUAGAAAUGACUGGACCUGAAGAACUGGUUUCAGAAGUUUAUCAUGGUUCGGAUCUCGAGUGCACUGUCAGUAGUCUUCUUCCUGGAACAACGUAUCACUUCAGAGUGAGAGCUCUGAAUGAUGGAGGGAGUCCUGAGAGUUUUGGUGCUGACAUCUCAGAAUACAGACUGGAGUGGGGUGAAGAUGAAGAGUCUUUAGAACUGGUGUACAGUGGCACAGGCAACUCGUUUGAAAUCAGCCAGUUGUCGGCAGCAGCACACUAUUUCUGUAGACUACAGGCAAUAAACCAGGCAGGAGCAGGACCUUACAGUGACCUUGUCACCUGCAGAGCCCCAGCUUCAGUACCUGAUGCUGUAACCACCCUCUACAUAUCAGAUGAUGAGCACUUGGAUGCCUAUCCGAUAUCACCCUUUGUGUGCCUUAUUUUGAACUGGGAAGAACCGUGCAAUAAUGGGUCUGAGAUUACUUCUUACAACAUUGAUCUUGGUGAUAUUGUCAUACCAGUGGGUAAUGUAACGAGCUACGUUAUCAGUGACCUGCUUCCUGAAACCACAUUCCGGAUCCGGAUUCAGGCUGUCAAUGACAUUGGAGUUGGUCCUUUUAGCCACUUCAUUAAGGCAAAGACCAGGCCGUUGCCACCCUUACCUCCUCGGCUAGAGUGUACUGCAGCAGGUCCUCAGAGCCUGAAGCUGAAGUGGGGAGAGAGCAGCUCCAAACAGCAUGCUGCCGAUGAUAUGGUGUACAUCCUACAGCUAGAGGACAGGAACAAGAGGUUUAUUCCAAUCUAUAGGGGACCAAGUCACACCUACAAGGUACAACGACUGCUGGAAUUUACCUGCUAUGCUUUUAGAAUACAAGCUGUAAAUGAUGCUGGUGAAGGACCUUUCUCAGAAGUGUUUACCUUCAGCACAACCAAAUCCAUUCCCCCUGCCAUCAAAGCACCUCGAGUAAGACCGUUGGAAGGAAAUGCCUGUGAAAGUGCAUGGGAGGCGGUACUCCCCAUGAAGGGAGAUCCAGUCAGUUACAUUCUACAGAUACUGGUUGGAAGAGAGUCUGAGUACAAACAGGUGUACAAGGGAGAGGAGACGACGUUCCAAAUCUCAGGCCUUCAAACCAACACAGACUACAGAUUCCGUGUGUGUGUUUGCCGCCGGUGCUUGGAUACCUCACAAGAACUUAACGGACCUUUCAGUCCAUCUGUUGCCUUUAUGCCCCAGCGAAGCGAGCUGAUGCUGACAGAAGUGGGAAGGAUAGAUGACCCUAAGACGAAAAGUAUGAUGCCUUCUGAUGAACAGUUUGCAGCCCUCCUUGUUCUUGGCUUUGCAACUGUCUCUAUAUUAUUUGCCUUUAUACUACAGUAUUUGUUUAUGAAGUAAAGAGUCCCAGCGCAAGCGUUUGAGGUAUCAUUUUUAACUAAUGCUACGCAUUAUAAUCCAUGAAUUUUAUUCAGAUAUUCUUCUUUAUUUCCUUUUUUCCAGUGGCAUUUUCCAGUACAUUUUAUACAGUUUUCCUGAUUAUUAUGGGGUUGGGGUUGGGAAGGGAUAGUCUUGUCUAGGAAAAUAAAUACCAGUGUUCCGGUGCACCAUUUAAAAACUCAUGACUAGAAAGUGGCCAGAGCUAUUCAAGCCCGAUAUCAAAAGCAAGUAUCUUAGUAUUUUUUUCCUUUUAUGUUGCUUUUUACUUUUUUUAAAAAAUAAAUCUAUUUAGUAUUGGUUGAUUCUUUCCCCCUCUAAUUCAGUUUGUCUUCUUUUUAUAUUAGUUUUUUUAUUGCUAAAUCAUUGCCAUCUUUAAGUUGCAAAUUUAUUACCAUAAAAUAAGCUUUUGGCUCUUCUGCAUCUGCAAGUGUUAACCACCAGUAUGUAGUUGUGUUGCACCUAGAAUGUGAUGUUUGCAAUACAUGGCGCUGAAUUAUCAAUUAUCAACAGUAAUUAUCAGCUGUUGGGUGGUAUUCACUAUAGCCAGAAUCCUGCAUCAGCUAAUUAGUUACGUAGUUACUGAGUAACUUUUCUGGGUCAAACUCCUCCCAGUCAUUCACCCUCACUCCAGUUACAUGCAGAAUGGAUCUCCUUCUACCAAUGGAGCUGAUGCCCACUAAGGAGAAGGGGAGUUGUAGCAUAGUAUCACAAUCAUAACUAAGCAGUGAUUUUGAAUACAAAAUAGUUACAGAUGAGUACAUCUAAGUAAUUAUUUUAUAUUCACAAUUGCUACUUAAUCAUGAUUAUGACACUAUUGUUAUGAUCCUUCCUUGCGCCCCCCCCCCCCCAAAAAAAAACCACAACUUUACUAGGCACCAGUUGUAUGGGGGAAAGGAGAUCCAUUCUGCUGGUGACUGAAACAUGGUUGAAUGAUGUUUCCGUCAUAUUUGGAGGAGUCAGGCCAGGAUACUUACAUAGCUACUUAACUAAGUAGCUAAUACAAGAUUCCAACAUGUAUUUUUCUUGCUUCCCCAACCCUUUGCCGUUGGUUAUUCUCCAUGCCAAAUAAUUUAAAAUCUGCUACAUAUUCAACUAUAUAUUUAGCACAUUACAAUCCAAAUAAUUUUAUCCUGCAAGCUGAAGUCUUUUUAAAAUAUAUAUAUUAAUCUCUCUAGCCCAACUGUUUGCACAGUAUGAAUUGCCUGUAUAGCGAAUCUGAUAACUAGAUAGCUUUAUAAAUGACAAAGCAUUACCAUUUCUACCAUUUAUUUUAUAGCCGUAAUUUUAAGAGGGCAUUGUGCAAUAGUUACUCCCAUGUCCAGCUAUUUUUUUUUAAAAAAAAAAGCUGCUUUUAACUUGUUUGUUUGCCUUUGUAUAUAAACUUACUCUUAAUCUAAUCACUAGAUUUGUUAUAUUCAUCUUGAUUUAUAUGUUUAGAACUGGUGAAAGCUUGCGGCCUUUGCUAUUUAUAUUAAUUAUUACUUUUUUGACAUAAGUAAUCUUUCAGUCAGCCACUAAGGAAAAGAAAGAAGCCUAUCUAUAUUUCAGCCUUCAGAAAACUGGGAUGAGUUCAUUAGAGGCAUCAUAGGGACUAUGUGUUGCAGAGAACAUUUGACUGCUACUGGAAUAGGGCCAAAGGCUGCAUCUUCUCCAGAGUUUGGGAAAGUUAUUUUUUGGAGUAUAACACCCAGAAUCCCUCAGUCAAAUUGUCCACCAUAGUGGCUAAGAGAUUCUGGGAGCUGCAGUCCAAAAAGGUAACUUUCCAAGCUCUGCUCCUCCUCUUCCUCACUCUGUCCUGUCACAGUUACCAUUACAAAACAUGUGACAUGGUAUCAAUCUAUGGUAGGCUUCCUCUAGUCCUUUUCAACUUGAGUUACAAGACUGGAGAUGGAGCCUCACUUUACAUAUAUUGUGGUAGCAGGCAUUACAGAGGAAGAAGUGUGACAUUCUUGAUUUCAAUGUCAACCAUGUAUGCUUUCUGUCAUUGACUCCAGUCUGAAGCUAGUGUUUUUAUCAACAUCAUGUGUGAUCCAUUGCAAAUCCAGUUCCAUUUUUCCAUUGUCUUUUCCAUCUUUCCAUCAGUGGCCCAAAUGUGCAUGUUAGUCCAGUCCAUUAAAAUCCUUGGGAAUGCUUUAUUUACAGACAAAAACUUUGAUUCAUUGGAUUAUUUAUGAUGUCAACAAUGUUCAAGUGCCUCAGGGAUAUUGAUGAGCAGGAGGUGCAAAAGAGUGCAACAGACACAGGGUACGAUCCACGAGGAGCUUUGUGUUUGUUUGCUCUAUUGCAGUGACACAGAUGCCUCCACAGCUCCACCUUAGUUUCCAUAGAGUCUAGAUAUACAGAGAAAAUACUAUUGUGUACUUGCUAAUACAGCAUUGCACGCAGUGGAGAGAUUCUGGUCAGUUGUGCUCCAUAGUUGGUAUAUCCCUGCUUUUUAAAGAACACAAAAAUAAACAUUUUGUAUAUUUUUUUCUUUUCUUUUUCUUUUUUUGGGGAUUUUCCUUGCAUCAUAGCUUUUUUCUCCUCUGUGUUUGCUAUGAUACAGUGUCCUGUACGCUACCAUAUAUUCCCAUAACCAAAGCAAUGGGGCAACCAACAUUAUUUUUGUUUUAGAUUUAUUUAUACUAUAUACUGCAUACUGUACUUUAAAUGGCAAUUACAGUGCAAUCUUAUUUAUUGUAAAAACAAAAAAUAAAAACAAAAAACAAAAAGUGUACUUAUGUACUAAAUUUCCCCUUUCCCUUGUAGCAUGUUAUAUUUCUGUUUGGUUCUGUUUUAUACAAGUGUACUUUAGUAAAAUGUUUUUAUCCCCAGUUGCAUUCCUAGAGUUAUUAAUCUUCUUACAGUUUUCUUGUAUGUUUAAAAAUGGGAGUGUCCAAGUAUAUUAACUGCCAAAAAUAAAAAGAUUUUAAAAAAUGAAGCAGGAACCCACCCAACAUUGGCAUCAUCAGCCAAGCAUUAUCCUGGGUAAUGGCUAUUCAGUCUAUGUUUUUUGUCUAUCAACAGAGCUUGUCAACUUAUGCUCUUGACCGAAAAGUUUACAUGUAGCCAAAAACAAAAAAACAUUAUCAUCUCUUGGAAGAAUAUUCUAAGUUGGAUGAAUUAUUCUGUGUGCCUCUAUAGAUGUAGCAGACUAGUACAAAGUUUCUGUAUUUUUGUUACUGAUCAUCAUUAGUUUAUAAAUAUAAACUUCUUCCCUCUCCCUCUUCACUUUGGCCAAAGUCAUGACCUGUCAAAUGUUGCUAGUGAUGUCAUAUUGUUGUUUUUAGUUUCUUCUAUGAAACUUUGAUGAUCUCAAAUAUUAAAAUUUCAUAAAAGUUAUUUUGAAGGGACAAUUUUAACACUAAAACAGCCAUAUCAACAAAAACAGUUAGUUGUGCUUAAAUCUUCUUAAAACCUCCAUUAAAGGUUAGUGCUGGCUAACCGGAUUUCCAUUAUUUCUAGUGAGUCUUUGAUACAACUGGUUUUCCUGGCAUGAGGACCAAGACAUUUUGGAUAAUGAGAGAAACUAGGGUCAAAUUUGUAAGUCCCCAACCACCUCCAACAGGCUUCUAAAUUGGCUAAUUUUG